UGUGCCUUGCUUCGUCGAAUCUUCUCCGUGACUUUGAGGAUAAUUGCAUACCAUACCUUCCAACAUGGGUCAGAUCGUCAGAAACACCCAACUGUACAUAGACAGCGUCAAUCAGUUCUACCCGUGUCAAGAACGGGCCCUCAAUCAUGUGAAUCAGCUUAUGGCUUAUCACCCGCUCUACCAGGAGCCUUUCGUACAAACUCAAGAGUUUGUUAUGCAGGGUGACGGCCCCCUCCCGUACGAUCAGAGGCAUUACAUAGCGCUGCUGGCCGCGGCGCGUCAUCAGUGCACGUAUUUGGCCGAAGUUGAAACCCAGGAGUUUCUCUCGUGUGGAGGUGAGAAGGCGUGGCUUCAGGGCCUGGAUUUUGCGCCCAAGAAGAUCCGUGACCUCGACGAAAUCAACCAGUUGUUGGCACACCGACCGUGGAUGAUCUCUAAGGAGCACAUUUUAAAGCUCACAACCGGCAACGAUAGUUGGUCGCUCGCUGAGGUGGUUCACGCGAUCACCAUCCUGGCGCAUUUCCAUGCUCUUUCAAGCUUCGUGUUCGGCUGCGGUAUCUCUCAACAGAGCACUCAAUCGUUGCGGCUAAACUCUUCGCGAGAGUCACUGAAGUCUGGGGGCUCGAGCCCCGUUCAAUCGACGACGCCGGCCGGCAGCCCAUCGCACAACGGCUCGCCGAUCGCCGGCGGCGAAGUCGAGAACCUCAUGAGGAAAAUGAGAACAAUAUCGGAGUCGAAAUCCUCGCAAGAUAUCACCUGUGAAGAAUUGGCGAGGCGCUUCGAAAGCGAAGCAACGGAAAGUGCCUCGAUUUCAACAAUACACAGCAGUAGUGGCGGCUUCCUCGGUCGGGAAAACGAUCUCACCCGGUUCGUCAACGACCCAGCGUUCACUUACCAGGACUUCACCAAACGUGGUGAAGCUGCCGAAGUUCCCACUUUCCGCAUCCAGGACUAUUCCUGGGACGAUCACGGUUACUCGCUCCUCAACCGACUGUACAACGAUGUCGGUAAACUCCUCGAUAAGAAGUUCAAGGUCGCCUACGACAUGACCUACUAUACAAUGGGAGGAAAAACCAACGUCGAUACUUCGAUGUUCCGCCGGGCCGUAUGGAACUACAUCCAUUGCCUGUUCGGAAUCCGACAUGACGACUACGAUUAUCGAGAGGUGAACGAGUUGUUGGAUGGAAAUCUGAAGCAGUACAUCAAGUCCGUCUGUUGCUAUCCAGAACGAGUGUCAAAGCAGCACUACGAGAGUGUUAUGCGCGAAUUUAAGUAUUCGGAAAAAGUGCAUGUUACACUAAUGAUCCUUGAGGCCAGAAUGCAAGCUGAGUUGCUGUACGCGUUGCGAGCUCUGAUGCGUCACACGACUUAAGCACAGUUAGGUGAUUCGAAACAUCAUAGCAGCACAUUCAUUUGAGUCUCCCCCGUCCCGAUUUUGUGAUUCUAAGCUUGAGCAGCUAUAACCGGGGAAAAAAGAUAAGCCUGAGGAAGGAGUAAUCAACACAACACAUGAUGUCCGGCCGCCCGCGAAAGUGGUUCGAGUCUGCGCUGGGCCGCACUUCUCAAAACUCAGCCGGAACCCUCGUGAUCGCUCUCGCGUGCUUUUGACCGUUUUUUCGCUCGUCUCACCAAACUCCAUUGCUUCGAGGAGACGAGCGGAUAUUUUUUCAUUCCCCUGACUUAACUUGGUGAAGCUCUCCAAGUCUCCAAGCUCUUGGUUACUCUUCUCCAUCUCCUCAUCGACACCGACAUCAUCAACAAAAUCCGCAUCAUUCCCAUCAUGACGAUCGUUUUUCCCAUUCUCACGCGUGCCAGAUCCUAAUUGAGUCAGUUCUCAUCAUCGGCUCGAUUGUCUCGAGAUGGUCGCGCGAGUGAUUUGAGAUAUUUGACGAUUGAUGAUAGAGAGCGCUGACGACCCACAGCGAAAUUCAAACGUGAUUUCGAUCGACGAUUCAUCGUUCAGAAAAAUCUCUUUAUCA